CACAAUAAUAAUUGCUUCCCUUCUCUUAUUACUGCUGUUGCUUUGGUUUUUCUGCAAUACUCAACAACAAUUUUUUCACUAUUAUCGACGGAAUGCAUUAUGCCAAUGGCUGUACAAACGUAUGAUUUUAUUACUGCUACUAUUGUUGCGUUAUUUAGGCGAACGACCCGCUAUUAUAGCGCCGCCAGAGAGUGAGUGGUAUCACGGGCGUUUGGAUCGUUAUUCUGCCGAAUCACGGUUACGCGGUAGCGGUAAAUUGGGCAGUUAUUUAGUGCGAGAAAGCGAUCGUAAGCCCGGUUCAUAUGUACUCAGCUAUUUGGGACGAACGGGUAUUAAUCACUUUCGCAUUACUGCCGUUUGUGGUGAUUAUUAUAUUGGAGGUCGUCAAUUUAUUUCACUUAGUGAUUUGGUCGGUUAUUAUACCUCAUGCAGUGAUUUACUGAAACGUGAACGUCUGGUUAUUCCAGUUGCGCCCCCUGAACCGGUAAACGAUAAAAAGCGGGUAGUGGCCAUUUUGCCAUAUACCAAGAUGCCGGAUACCGAUGAGCUAAGUUUUCAAAAAGGUGACAUUUUCUUCGUACACAACGAUAUGGGUGACGGUUGGCUGUGGGUGACGGCCCAUCGGACCGGUGAACAGGGAAUGAUAUUUCGUGAAUUAGUAGAUGAUUUAGAUCCGGCUAUAGAUCCGAAUACCGUUUUUCCAUGGUUUCAUCCAAAUUGCACAAAAAAUGAAGCAGUCGAUAUGUUAGUAAAGGCUGGCCCUGGCAGUUUCCUUGUACGCCCUAGUGAUAACUCUCCCGGUGACUAUUCGCUAUUUUUUCAUAUAAAUAAUCAAAUACAGCGUUUUCGUAUUGAAAAGAAAGGGGUACGUUAUCUAAUGGGUGGUCGUACCUUUGAAUGUUUGGAUGCAGUUAUAAAUCGAUACCGGAAAGAGCAAAUUGUUGAGGGCCAUUGCUUGAGUCAUCCGGUGGUGAAUGGUUCUCAACCCGAAUUCAAUCAACAGUAUGUAGUAGAAAAAGCUGCCGAGAAAAUAUACGCUACUUUACGUGAAUGCCGUGAUCAAAUUGGUUUAAAAAAAAUAAAAGGUAUUAAACAUCACGGCCAAUUAAAUAAGAAGUCCGAUAAAACUGCCAAAUGGAAGCAAUUAUAUUUCGCAUUAAUAAGUGAAGGUUCCGAGACACAUCUUUGCUUCUAUGAUAAUCCCAAAAAGACUAAGCCUAAGGGUCUAAUCGAUUUGUCGUGUGCUUAUCUCUAUCAGUGCCAUGAUUCUCUGUGGGAGCGGCCUUUUUGUUUUCAAAUUGUGGAAAGAGCUUUACCUUGUUUGGCCACUGUUACCUACUUGUGUGCUCCUAGUCAAGAGAGCUAUGUUGAAUGGAUUAAUGCUCUAAAAGCUCAGUGCGGUUCACAAUUAAGUAAAGCACAAAAGAAAGUGCCACGUUUAAGAGAAUUGCGUUGUCUAAACCUGCAUAUAUUGGAGGCCCAUAGACUGCCAUUUAAAUUGGUGCCACAUCCCUAUUGUAGUAUUUCUUUAAACCAAGUGAAAGUGGGCAAAACCAAAGUGAAAAUAGCUCCAGAUCCAGUAUGGGAAGAGGAGUUUGUUUUGGAUGACGUUCCUCCGGAUGUAGUUUCUUUGACAAUUACUUUGAUUUCUCGUGGUAAACGUGGAAAAGAUAGUGAGGUAGCUGAGUUAACCAUCGACUUGGCAAGUCUAAAGAAUGGCCAAGAGACUGAGGAAUGGUAUCAAUUAACUGGAAUGACACCGAUGGGUGAAUGGGGCUCUCUACGUUUGCGUAUGCGUUAUUUAGAUGAUUUAAUUAUGCCCUGCGAGGAGUAUAGCCCUCUGCAGCAACUGUUAUUAGAGCCAGAAUUGUAUGCCGUCAAAGCCUUAGCGGAACUAUGUCAUAAUGAUCGUGUCCCUCUGGCCACCGCUUUAUUGCGUGUAUUCCGCCAUGAAAAACGUGAAACGGAAUUGAUACGCGUCCUCUGUCAAGCUGAAAUAGCCCGCGAAAAUGAAACUACCACUUUAUUCCGCGGAGCUUCUCUGGCUACCACCCUAAUGGAUUUGUAUAUGCGCACCGAAUGUACGGGUUUUCUACAAUCGGCCGUUUCGGAGACUAUACAACGCAUUUUAGAGAGCAAGCAGUCCGCCGAAUUGAAUCCGACAAAAAUGGAUGUCAACGACGAUGCCUGUUCGAAUGCUGAGUUCCUAUUGCAAAUACUCGAUUUGGUAACGCAUUCGAUAUUUACCUCGCCAGAAGCAUGCCCUCGUUCAGUGCGUUACAUAUGCAAUUGCUUGCAAAAGGCUGUUGUAGCCAAAUGGCCCACCGAACGUCUAGUGCGCACACGUGUAGUUUCGGGGUUUAUAUUUUUACGUUUACUUUGCCCGGCCUUAUUGAAUCCACGUCAAUUCGGUUUGGUCGGAGAAACACCGCCCACGCCCGCUACGCGUUCAUUAAUAAUGGUGGCAAAGUGUUUACAGAACCUCGCUAAUUUAAUAGAGUUCGGUGGCAAGGAGCAAUAUAUGGAAGUCGUUAAUCCCUUUAUAUUAAAAAAUAAGGAACGCAUGAUUGUGUUUUUGGAUCAAUUGUCAAUGGUUACUGAUCCUAACGCGCCACCAGGCAUGUACGCGGAACAAAACUCAAAUCAAAAUGGUCAGGAUACAGGUCGCGAAUUGGCAACUUUGCAUCAUAUAUGUGUUUCUUAUCAGCCCGAAUUGCAGGAAUUGUCCAAUAUACUCUCAAUUAAGAAAUUAGUUACCGUCACCGAUAUGUUAACAAAACACAAACUCAAAUACCGCGAAAUGAUUAGUUAAGGUAAUAAUUAAAAGAAAAAAAAAAAAAAAAAAAAAAGAAAACGAAAAAAGAAAAAAGAAACUUUUUCACAAUUUUUCAAUUAUCUUUAAAAACGAAAAAUAAAAGAUAAUGAAUGAUGAAGCAGAAGAACAAAACCUAUAUGAAUUUAAGAAGACAAACCAAUUCUCCCAAAUAUUAUUUCGAAGACCAAAAUAUGAUUUGAAAUUUUGUUAGCAAGAAAACACCAACUAUGGCAACCGCUUCUCUAAUAACACUUUUUACAAUUUUUGAUUAUAUGCAACUACAUACAUAAUACACUAUCACACGUAUACACAAAAGCAAAAAAAAAAAAAAAAAAAAAAAA